AUGCAUAUUGCCGCAAUUAAUGCUGGCGACACUCUCAUUCCGCUUUGGCGUGGGACAUUUAGAGCUGACCCUGAUGAUGACAAAUCUACGUGGCCUUGGGCUGUGUUGAUGAAGGAGACGUGGAAAAAGCAUGGCUCAACCAUUGCUGAUGCAACUCUGUUCCUACCUGGUUCGUUUGACCACCCACCUCAUAAUCCUGUGGAGAAAAUAAACAGCGGGUUCAAAGCUUGGGAAUGGCUGCUGUACCUUUAUGGAAUGGGACCAGCUGCUCUCUUCGGUGUUCUUCCAGAUCCAUAUUGGACAAAUCUUUGCCACCUCGUCAGUGGAAUGUGCCUUAUGCAACAAUACCACAUCACUCGCACCGAUCUCAUAAAGGCACAUGAACACCUUCUGACAUUUGUGCAUGACUUCGAAACCAUUUAUUAUCAGCACCAUAUUGACCGCCUCCACUUUGUCCGUCCAUGGAUACACUCGACCACACAUAUUCCAUCAGAAACAAUUGCAAAGGGGCCUCCAAUUUGCUCGUCUCAAUGGACGAUGGAACGUACCAUCGGCAAUCUCGCUCAGGAGAUUCGUCUCCAUAACAGUUCCGUCUAUGCUAAUCUUUCCCGUCGAGCUGCCUGUCGAUGCCAGAUCAAUGCGAUUAAGGCCAUCAUACCGUCAAUCGAACCAGAACAGAACAGCCUUCCGAAGGGGUCACAAGACCUCGGAAAUGGCUAUGUCUUGCUACGUCGAAGAGAACGGACUGCCCACCCUUUGCGUCCAUGUGAAGCAGGUGCCAUUCUCCAUUACUUGUCAACCUGCAGGAUUGAUGUUACUGCAGCUCUGUCUGUAACACGGUGGGCUCGUGUUCGUCUUCCCAAUGGUCAAGUAGCUCGUUCAGCUUGGAAAGAGAAUGCUAUGUCACAGCAACCUCAUAUCGCACGCAACAUCAAGCUAUCAAUUGACGGAGAGAUGAGCAUCGCUGAAGUGUUAUUCUACUUCAACAUGACAAUCCAUGACGAAGCGAAGACCUUUGCACUUGUUUCACAAUUUAGCCCCCCACAUGCCGAACUCCUACGUUGCUCAUUUCAAACUGUCAUUGCAUGUCACUAUCAUGGUGACACCUCAUUAAAGCUCAUUGAAGUUUCCGCUAUUCAGUCUGUUGUUGCGAUGGUCCCACAUCGUUUUCCUGGCAUUGAUGACACCCUUUUCUACCUCAUUGAAUGGCCAGGGUUGGAUAUAAUUCAGAUGGGGGGUAUCGAAUGA